GCAAUUAAGUGAUAACACUGUUGUGUUACACAAUGUACAGAAAAUGAGAGAUUAUAAAGAAAAACAAAAAGUAACAAAUUACUGACUACAACUACUGCUAUACAAUCCAACAACACAAGAAACAAUUGUACUGUUACUAUUAUAAACAACAGCAAAAAAACACAUAAGGUCAAACAUUGAGAACUUGGAAUCAACAACCUUGUUCUUGCUGGAUCUCUAUAUAGUCCCCCCUCAUCUCAACCACAUCAAUCCCCUUCUCUCUCUCUCUCUCUCUAGCUUUUUAUUUACCAACUGAUCUAUCUUCCUUUUCACACCAAACCAAAACUCUCUUCUUUCCACUCAUAUCCCACCCAAUUCACUCCUUUCAUUCAUCACUUCAACCUCAUCACCCAAUUCACUUUUUUUCUAAUGUAAUUCAUUCAUAUUUCAUAUUCAUAAUCAAAAUCUCAUCUUUCAUACUUUCAUAAUGGAAAAUCAAUUCUUUUCAAACACAAAUGUUUCUCAAAAUCUUCAACCUUCUUCAAUGCCUACAUGGCAAUCACUUUCAUCAUCAGAACAACAACAACAACAACAAAACCAAGAUUGUUUCUACACACAAACAACAUGGGAAAAAUCAACAACAGAUCAAUGUAUUCAACAAUUUGAUUCAGCACUUAGUUCAAUGGUAUCUUCACCUGCAGCAUCAAAUUCCAACAUGUCAAAUGAAAAUUUUGUCAUUAGAGAAUUAAUUGGUAAAUUAGGAAACAUUGGUAAUUGUUCUGAUGAGAUCUCACAAACUUUAAUUGCUACAAAUUCAUACAAUACUUCAUGUUACAAUACACCUUUAAAUUCUCCACCUAAAUUGAACAUUCAAACAAUGGCUAUGAACUCAACUGUUGCAGAAUUUUCAACUGAUCCUGGUUUUGCAGAAAGAGCUGCUAAAUUUUCUUGCUUUGGAAGUAGAAGUUUCAAUGGAAGAAUAACACAAACACAAUUGAAUCAAACUCAAAGAUCUACUCCAUUGAUGGAAAAUGGAAAACUCUCUAGAGUUUCAAGUAGUCCAUCAUUGAAAGAACUUGGAUCUCAAUCUCAAUCUCAACUUGGUAUACAAGAAAAUAUGAAUUGUUCAUCUCAAUUGCAGGAUCAAAUUGAAGUUAACAAUAAUUCUCAAGAAGAAUCAACAAUCUCUGAAAAUGGUGUUAAACCUUCUCCUUAUGUGAAUUCAAGAAAAAGAAAAGUUUCAUCCAAAGGAAAAACCAAAGAAAAUUCAACUUCUAGUAAUCCUCCAAUGGCUUGUGAAGGUGUUGAAGAUUCAAAUUCAAAGAGAAUGAAAACAAAUGAUGGUGAAAAAAUUGAAAAUGGCAAAGUGAAAACAGAGGAAGAGCUAAAGGGGGGUAUAAAUAGUAAUGAUGAAAAACAGAAUAAGAGUAACACUAAACCUCCUGAGGCUCCUAAGGAUUACAUUCAUGUUAGAGCAAGAAGAGGUCAAGCUACUGAUAGCCAUAGUCUUGCAGAAAGAGUUAGGAGGGAGAAAAUUAGUGAAAGGAUGAAGCUUCUACAAGAUCUUGUACCUGGUUGCAAUAAGGUAACUGGGAAAGCACUCAUGCUUGAUGAAAUUAUAAACUAUGUUCAAUCAUUGCAGCGCCAAGUUGAGUUUCUAUCUAUGAAAUUGGCUACUGUGAACACAAGGAUGGAUUUAAGUAUUGAGAGUCUAAUCUCAAAAGAUAUAUUUCAAUCAAAUAAUUCUUUGGCACACCCAAUAUUCCCACAAGAUUCCUCAGCACCAUCCUAUUAUGGGCAGCAAAACCCAGCAAUUCACAAUAACAUUUCUAAUGGAAAUGUGACCCACAACUCAGUGGACCCAUUAGAAAAUGGUUUAUUCCAAAACCUUGGCAUGCACUUAUCUUCACUAAGUGGAUUUAAUGAUGCUGCUUCUCAGUAUCCAUUAACAUUCUCUGAGGAUGAUCUCCACAGCAUUGUUCAAAUGGGAUUUGGGCAAACUGACAAUAGAAAAACACCAAUUCAAUUUCAGAAUUUGAACGGUACUAAUCAACUACCCCUAUGAAAAUUAAGCUUUGAUCACCAUUCAUUACGCCUGAAUUGAAGCUAAAGAUGAAUAGGAAGAUUGCUGUUGUACACAUCAACAAGAAAUUUAAUUGGACAACCCCAUGAAAAUUAUUAAGUAAUCAUUAUUAUUAUUAGGUCUAAUAGAAGCCUCUUUUGUCUUCAUGUUAGACCUUUACUUUUUUCUUUUCUUUUUCCUUUCACUUUCCUUGAUUUUAAUUUUUAAUCUUGGGGGUGGUUCACUUUUUCUUUUCUUUUUUGUACAACUAUUCACUGUAAAAUCUUUAGGAUCUUGAUUCUGUAUUCUGUUGGUGCAAAUUCUUAUUAUUAUUAUGGCACCAAUUGUGAGAUAUAGUGCUAAUUAAUUAAAAGAGCUUUUGUACUACCUUUCAUUAUCA